CCAUUGUUCCGCCGCGGACCGACCCCCCGCCCCCCACCCCCUGCGCGCUCGCCACGGAGAGAGGCGGGGCGUCGCUGGGCCCGCGGCCCGCGACCCCGGGCUUGAAAGCAAGUCUCCCCUCCUACGCGUCUCGGUGAGCGGGAAGGCGGGGUGCAGUUGUGUGUAGUGGUCACCCGUGUGGCUUCCCCACUCCUCCCCGGGAAACUUCCCCAGUGCCCAUCCAUUCGCGAAGUGCCCGGGGCCAGUCCUGGGCUGGCACCCACCCCCCGUUCCCCAGUUCCCCGAUCGGGUCCUCUCCCUCUUCCAGAGAGGACCCUUCCGAGCGCCUCCUAGGCGGCGGGGUGCCGGGCAGAGGCCCAGCGGCCGGUGGAAGAGAAGCCUAGAAGGAGAAAGGGAGGGGAGGGGGAGUGAGGAGCUCGCGGCAGAGGAAACAGCAGAUUGCGCCGAGCCAAUGGCAACGGCAGGACGAGGUGGCACCAAAUUCCCUUCGGCCAAUGACGCGCCAGAGUCUACAGAAGCCCAUUAGAAUUUCCCCAGGGGCAGGGCCAGAGGCAGGGGCUGCGGCGGCCAAGCCGCGGUGUGUCUGCAGCAUCCAAUUUUUGCGUCUCCUCCCCUCUCCCGCCCAUGCGGAUCUCCCACGGUGAGCCAACUCUGCUUACUUUGCCCCUUGUUGGCAACGAAUAAAAGGGUCUGAGGAAAUACGGGACCCGGUCACCCACUGCCAGCUUUAGCCUUUAAAUCACCAGCCUGGGGAGAUCCACGCACAGCAGGUCGGGUCCGGACACCGAUCCAGCGCGCACAGUGCAGCAAAGGGUUCCGAGCGCAGCGCCGCGGAUCGCCGCGCAAAAGCGGCCUCGGGAACUAAUCUACCCUCCGUUCGGGCUGCCCCGAACUCCGCUCCGCAGUCUCAGCCCUGGGAAAGUGAUCCCAGCGUCCGAGAGCCCAGAUGCCGGCCCACUUGCUGCAGGAGGAGAUCUCUAGCUCCUACACAACCACCACCACCAUCACAGCGCCUCCCUCCAGGCUCCUGCAGAAUGGAGGGGGCAAGCUGGAGAAGACUCCCCUAUACUUGGAAGAAGACAUCCGCCCUGAAAUAAGAGAUGACAUCUAUGACCCAAGCUACCAGGAUAAGGAGGGCCCAAAUCCCAAGCUUGAGUAUGUUUGGAGAAACAUCAUCCUCAUGUCUCUGCUACACUUGGGAGCCCUGUAUGCGAUCACAUGGAUCCCCACCUGCAAAAUGUACACCUUGCUCUGGGCGUUUUUCUACUAUCUGAUUAGUGCCCUGGGCGUCACAGCCGGAGCCCAUCGCCUGUGGAGUCACCGAAGUUACAAAGCUCGGCUGCCCCUACGCCUCUUCCUGAUCAUUGCCAACACGAUGGCAUUCCAGAAUGACGUUUACGAAUGGGCCCGAGAUCACCGUGCCCACCACAAGUUUUCGGAAACACAUGCUGAUCCCCACAAUUCCCGACGUGGCUUUUUCUUCUCUCACGUGGGUUGGCUGCUUGUGCGCAAACACCCAGAAGUCAAAGAGAAGGGUGGUUUGCUAAACUUAUCUGACUUAAAAGCUGAGAAGCUGUUGGUGUACCAGAGGAGGUACUACAAACCCGCUGUCCUGGUGAUGUGCUUCAUCCUGCCCACACUCGUGCCCUGGUACUGCUGGGGUGAAACUUUUCCACACAGCCUGUUAGUCGCCACCUUCCUGCGUUAUGCCGUUGUGCUCAAUGCCACCUGGCUGGUGAACAGUGCUGCCCACCUGUACGGAUAUCGCCCUUAUGACAAGACCAUUAACCCCCGAGAGAAUCUCCUGGUUUCACUGGGAGCUGUAGGUGAGGGCUUCCACAACUACCACCACUCCUUUCCCUAUGACUACUCUGCCAGUGAAUACCGCUGGCACAUCAACUUUACCACAUUCUUCAUCGAUUGCAUGGCUGCCAUCGGUCUGGCUUAUGACCGAAAGAAAGUAUCCAAGGCUGCCGUCUUGGCCAGGAUUAAAAGAACUGGAGAUGAAAGCUACAAGAGUGGCUGAAUUUGGGGUCCCUCGGUUUCCUUUUCCAAAAGCCAGCUGGGCAGAGGUUUAAUGUUCUGUUUAUUAACUACUGAAUAAUGCUACCAGGAUGCUAAAGAUGAUGACGUUAACCCACUCCAGUACAGUAUUCUUUUAAAUUUUCUUUUAAAAUUGAAAGCCAACAACUCUGCCUUUAUGAUGCUAAGCUCACGUUCUUAUUUCUUUUCUUUUCUUCUUUCUCUUCUAGUCCCAUUAUCCUCCCCUUUGUUUUGUUCCUAUCACCUUCCUUUCUCUUCCCCCUCAAUGCCCCCCAGGCAAGCAGCUGGUCAGUCAUUGGUGGGUUUCCAGCUUCCAAAGCCUAGACAACCUUUCUAGAGUCCAAAACUAGUGGUCUUUGCCCCAGAUAACCCUUUCCUUGAGCUGUCCUGAGCUUUAAGGUGGGUGGCUCAAGCUAGAGAUAUGACAAAAUCUUCUGGGAAGGCCCCCAGUUAGCUUCAGCUUAGGCAUUUGCUAUAUGAAAUGGAAAAAUAACUUUAUUGGCACAAAGCUUUGAAAGCAGGUAAAUUGUCAGGGGAGAGAGUUAGCAUGCAUGAUAUGAUUGAUAAAUAAGGAUGAGUUGAAGUGGGAAACAAGGCAGGAAGCUCCUGCUGUGAUCGGACACCCAGCUGCCUGCCCACCACCCAGCAUGCUUCCUUUCUCUCCUGACUCUGACUGGGGAAUGGCCGUGGAGCUUGGCAAUGCUAGAACUCAAAAGCAAAUCUCAAUGUCCCAAUAUACUUUAGGCUGAGGAUAAAGAAGAAGCAUUUAGUUUAUGGUAAAAGUGGUCUCUGCUGGGGAAGGAUUUUUUUUCUUUCUUUCAUAACAGGAAGAUUUCUUAUUCCAGAUAACAAGAAAUCUUGAGGGUUGGUUGUUUCCAGAAUUGGUGAUUCCAGCAGCUCAUGGAAUUGUCAAAAUUCUUUCAUCCUUCUGCUUUGCCAUCUUUGGUAUAUUGAUCAGCUCCCCUCAUAGAAAUAAGGUGGCUUCAGCAUUUUGAGACAUCCAAAAAAGAUGUGUUGGUGGUACAGUGGUGAGUAUAGCUGCCUCCCAAAAAAGAAAGGAUUUUCCGAGGUGGAGUUGGGUCAAACAUAGAGCUAUAUGUCCAUGGGUACUUUGCUUGGAAUAUUAAAAUAAUCCUUUUAGAGUAUUUCCCUCUGAAGGAGAGUGGGGCUUGAAGAAGAGGAAGAAUUAGGCAGGUUGUCUCCUUUCCUCUCGCUGCUGGACAGGAGAUGGAGAGGUUGAGGGGCAGGGUCUGUAGGCAGUUCCUAAGAGGGAACAUUACAAAAGAAGGGCUCUGAGAACACACUGCUGGGGGAUUUGGAAGGUUACUGAGUAAGUUAUUGGGUGUCCUAAUAUGGAAGCUGGUUAUACAAACAAGUUAGAUAUUGGGUUCAUUUCAUUAAUUUCGAUUUCUCCUCGGACUGAGAAAGAACUAGAAGGCUUCUCCCCACAGUGUUGAACCCUUUCACUCUUCCUUCUCUGUUAACUUCUAGCCUAAAGUAUAGGACUGCCUGGGGGGUGGGGUAGGAAUCUCUUAACUACCCUGACUAUGGAUUCCUGGCUCCUCCCUGUCUGUCCAUUUUCUCCUGCCAGUUCUAUCUCCUCCCCAGUGUUUUCUUCUUCCUCUGGAUAGGCGAGCCUCCUUCGUGUGUAUUCAGAGCCAGUGAUGGCUACUGUGGUCCAGGCAGCUCCCUCUCCUACAGACAGUAUAUGCUCAGGGUAGCUGAACCUCUGUUUCUCUUUAUAAAGUUGAGCGAGCUGCCACUUUCACUUGGCCUCCAGAGCCUCCACCUACACCCUUGUGCUUCCCCACCACACUGAUGACUCAAGACAAGGCUAGCAAACCCUGCUGGAGACAUCCUGGGCACAGGCAUUCUCCCGCAUGAGGCAUAGCCCAGCCAAAUGCUCAUGUUGUGCCAGUGAGCCAGCCAUGGAGCAAAAGAGGGUUUGUUUUUAGUCUCCAGUGUCUGGUCAGAACCAGAGAGGAUGCUGGAUGCCUCCUGCUUACUCAGUAAGCCUGCCCAGCCUGAGUCAGUGCUCCCAGCUGACAGUGCAAGGCUUGCAGAAGUAGGAGGAGCCAAGUCUUCACUGGGAAGCACAAGAAGCAAAGGCAAGUUCCAAAGUGCCUCACUCCAAAGGAGGCCCCGGCCCCUGGAGCCAGGGUAUACAGCAAAGCUUUGGCUGAGACUUGGGAUGUGAGAUGCCAUGAACUUUGUUGAACAGCGUCUCUGUUCAGCAAACUAACCAGCAUUCCCCACAACACAGCCUAGGGCAGACAAUAGUAUAGAGGAGUUCUGAAGAAACAUUGGUGUCUGAGAACCUUGGGCCACUCCUGUCCCUGUAACCUCAGUCGUCAAUGCAGAAGCUUGGCUUUACUCUAUUAAGAUUGGAAAUGUACAGUACCAAAUGCUCUGUCCACUGUUGAGCCCCAAGGAUGGAAGGGAGGAGAGCAUUUCUUCCUGUAUUAAUUGAAUAGAUGGAGGCCACAGGGGUUGGGCUGGACUAAAGGCAUCCUUGUCUUUUGAGCUGUUCCUCUCAGUAGAAAAAAAUCGAAUGGAAGAUCACUGUAGUUUAGAUCCACUGACCCAAGUACCUACCCCUUGGAAAUGCCUGUGGGGUAGUUUUAAUUCCACAGGUCAUCAGAGGCCUGCUUUACACCUGAUGAUCAAAAUCAACUUUUAUCUUUCUAUUCUAAUUGUGUUCGAUGGAUCUGAUCUAUACCAUGACCCUACACAAGGCUGGAUGGGGUCCAGUUUCUAACAGUCCUUGCUUUGUGGGCGUGCUGACAACUUAUCUGGGUGCCUUACAUCUUUUUUAAUCAGUGUUGCAUCUGAGCCUGCUCCGCUUCCUCCCUGCUCCCUCUGUGGAGUUCUUUUGCACCUGAGAGCCUGCAGAAGUGGCUAGUAGAAAAGGGGGCCUGGCUGGAGAAUUAUCAGUAUAGCUGUUUGCAGGAUUCCCUUCUGGGCUUUGUUUUGGAAACUUUCCUUAGGGCUGUUUUUAUUAAUUGCCCACAUAUGAUGGCGGGUGGAAGGAAUUUGAAUGUAUUUGACUUAUAAUUUUUUUUUAAUAUUAAAAGAUGGUUGUAGCAUUUAAAAUGGAAACUUUUUCUCCUAGUUAGCUAGUAUCCUGAGUGUAUUCUCUGUAAGUGUAGCUCAAAUGGGUCAGCGUGAAAAGUUAAAGAAAGCACGAUGUCAAGGUUACACGGGUGGUUAAGGCCAGGGCCUCUCCUACCACUGUGCCACGGACUUGCUGUGUGACCCUGGGCAAGUCAUUUAACUAUAAUGUGCCUCGGUUUUCCUUCUGUUAAAAUGAGAUAAUAAUACUGACCUACCUCAAAGGGCAGUUUUGAGGCGUGACUAAUGCUUUUUAUAAAGCAUUUUGGGAUCCUUCAGCAGAGGAAUUCUCUUAAGUCCUGAGUAUUUUUAUAGUAGCAGUAUCCACCGUGAACUGUGUCCACCAUGAACCACGUGUCCUGGAUGCUAUCAUGGAUCUAUAUGGUUCUCUAUGAGAGAUUGAAUAAACCCAUUAGAUAAGUGGUGGAUAACUAGCCAGACAAAAAUCUGAGAAUGCAUAAACACAUUGCCAUGGAAACAUACACAGGAUACCUUUUCCUUGAUUGGGUGGGAUUUUUCCCUUUUUAUGUGGGAUAGUAGUUAUUUGUGACCUAAGAAUAAUUUUGGAAUAAUUUCUAUUAAUAUCAACUCUGAAGCUAGUUGUACUGAUCUGAGAUUGUGUUUGUUCCUAAUAAAAGUGAAGUGAAUCUGA